UGAAAUUAAUUCAGUCAAAAUCGGAGCUUUCAAAAAAACUUAAAAACCCUAGAAAAAAGAAAAUCAAAAUUCGAAAAAAUUAAAGCAAAAUUCGUCAAAUAUUCUUCAGAAUCAGCAUCUCCUCUUCUCAAUCAAGCUGUUGCAACGAUGCAAUUUACUCCAGAUGUUACUAAGAAAGUAGGAGUUGGAGUAACACCAUCUCCUUCUCCGUUUUUCACACCUCGCCCAGAAAGACGAAGAAGAGAUAGUAGAGUUCAGGAUCCAAACAUAAAUCGACAAGAUCGGCAAGAUCGGGAAGUUAAUGUACAAGUUCUUGUCCGUUGCAGGCCAUUGAGCGAUGAGGAACAAAGACUGAACAUUCCAAAGGUGAUAUCCUGUAAUGAACAGAAGAGAGAAGUUAAUAUUUUGCAAAGUAUAGCUAAUAAGCAAGUAGACAGAUCUUUCGCCUUUGAUAAGGUAUUUGGACCUAAAGCACAACAAAGGUCGAUUUAUGAUCAUGCUAUAUCCCCAAUUGUGAAUGAAGUUCUUGAAGGGUUUAAUUGCACAGUGUUUGCUUAUGGGCAAACAGGUACUGGUAAAACUUAUACAAUGGUAGGAGGUAUUAAAACGAAGGGAGGAGAGCUUUCUGCUGAAGCUGGUGUUAUUCCGAGAGCUGUGAAGCAAAUAUUUGAUACAUUAGAAGCGCAAAAAGCUGAUUAUAGUAUGAAAGUUACAUUUUUGGAGCUGUAUAAUGAAGAAAUAACUGAUCUGCUAGCUCCUGAAGACACUUCCCCUAGAUCUUCAGAUGAUAGACAGAAGAAACCAAUUUCAUUGAUGGAAGAUGGCAAAGGUGGUGUGAUUGUAAGAGGUCUUGAAGAAGAGGUUGUAUAUAGUGCAAAUGAAAUCUAUAGCCUCUUGGAACGUGGGUCAGCCAAACGACGUACAGUAGAUACCUUGUUAAACAAACACAGCAGUCGUUCCCAUUCUAUCUUUUCUAUUACUAUCCAUGUUAAAGAAUCGACUAUGGAAGAAGAGGAGCUUAUAAAGUGUGGAAAACUAAACCUUGUCGACUUGGCAGGAUCAGAAAAUAUAAGCCGGUCAGGUGCAAGAGAGGCUCGAGCAAGGGAAGCAGGGGAGAUAAACAAGAGUUUACUCACUCUCGGGCGUUGCAUAAACGCACUUGUUGAACAUUCUGGACAUAUACCUUACAGGGAUAGUAAGCUGACCAGAUUGUUAAGAGACUCAUUGGGUGGAAAAACCAAAACAUGCAUCAUUGCAACAAUUUCUCCAACUGUCCAGUGCUUGGAUGAAACUUUGAGCACACUCGAUUAUGCAUAUCGAGCGAAAAACAUAAAAAACAAACCAGAGGUGAACCAAAAAGUUUCAAAAGCUGUACUUCUCAAGGACUUGUACUUGGAGAUCGAAAAAAUAAAACAAGAUGUGAAAGCGGCAAGGGAAAAGAAUGGUGUUUAUGUUCCACAUGAAAGAUUUAUCCAGGAAGAGGCUGAGAAAAAGGCCAUGAUCGAGAAGAUGGAACAAUUGGAGGUUGAUCUGGACCUCAAGGGAAAACAAGCUGACAAAUUUCUAGAGCUCUACACUACUGAGCAAGAAGAGAAGCUAGAUGUGGAAAGUGAACUCAAGCAAUGCAGGAUAAAUCUCGAAAAUACUAAUAAAGCCUUUCAAGAACUUCAAGUGAACCAUAAGAUGGUUGUCUCAACAUUGAAGGAGAAAGAGUUCAUCAUCUCAAAUCUUCUCCUCUCUGAAAACUCAAUAAUAGAGCGGGCAAAGGAGUUGCAAGCCAACUUACAAAAUGCAUCAGAAGACAUAACCGAUCUCUUUGCUGAAAUAGAUCGGAAAAACCAUAUGGAAAGUAAAAAUCAUGGAUUAGUUCAGAGUUUUGGCUCACAGCUUGACCGCAGCUUGAAAAGUUUACACAAGACAAUCUUGGCAUCUGUUUCACAACAGCAUCAACAGUUAAGCAGUAUGGAAGAUCAUAUGUGUUCUUUCCUUGCAAGUAAAUGUGAUGCUAGCAAUGUGUUGGAAUCAAGAAUCGAGAAAAUAAGGGACUCUUACUCUUCAGGAAUCCUAGCCAUGAAGGAGCUCACUCAAACACUACAAAAGAAAGCUUCAUCGGAGUUGAAGCAGAUUGAGUCCAAAGUUUCAGACCAAACAAUGGCUGUAGAAAAUUUUCUCACCACUGCUGUUUCGGAGUCUGAGGAGGUUAUUCAUGAUAUCCGUAACUGUCUUGAUGAACAAAAACAACACUUGGCUCUCUCUGCUCGGCAACAUGAGGAGGGGCUGCGAAGGAGUCUGGUAUCAGCGCAAGUGAUUUCUAGGGCAACAAUUGAUUUCUUUGAUGACCUUAAUCAGCGUACUUCUAAGCUUGUGACAAUUCUUGAUGAAACUCAAGCAGAAAAAUCACACCAAUUGACAGCUUUUGAGAAGGCAUUCCAGGAAGAUUCUGCCAAAGAGGAGAAACUUGCUCUUGAGAAGAUUGCUGGAAUAAUUGGGACUUUGACGUCUAAAAAAACAGCUAUCGUCUCUUUGGCCCUCAAGAACUUUGAUGAAGAAAGUAUUGGAGUGAGCAAGAGGUUGCAAAAUGAGAUGUUUGAAGUUCAGGAUGUUUCCAGAAAUGCAAAAAACAACUGGAACGAAUAUAGUGAAACAUUAAGAAAGAAUUUUACAGAAGAUACAUUUGCAGCUGCUGAGAGCAACGCUACCGUGGAAAAUAUUCUUGAAGAAUGCUCAAAGAGAGUAGGUUACUCUGAGCAGCAAUGGAAUAAUGCUCAACUUUGCAUAACAAGUCUCAAUAAGGAUAGCCUCACUGAUAUUGAAUCGACUGUAGAGGAAAAGAUAAACUCAAAUCAGACUGCUUUUGGAGAAUUUGAUUCCUUGUCCUCAACCAUGAGUGCGGAGUUUAUUGCCGCAGCAACGGAUGUGGCUGUAGCUGUUAAAAAUUCUCUCUUAAUGGACCAUGAAGUAAAGAAGGAGAUUGAUUCCGUGGUCAAAUUGUCCAAGGAUCAGCUUGCCUCAAUGAAGGAUUACCAUGGAGAAAAUGUAUCCAGCAUCAGGAACAAGGCAGAUCAAUGUCUCACAAAAGACUACCUGGUCGACAGCAGUACAUGUGAAGAAACACCUAAGAAGCGAACAUUAAUAGUUCCAACCUUAGAUUCCAUUGAAGAGUUAAGAACAUCAUCACUGGGAAAUUUAGUGGAGAAAUGCAGAUCGUUGAACAUAUCAUCAAAAGGAACUACUGCGAAAUCCGAAGCAAAAACCGCAGCCCUGCAGCAACAGUUUCAGUUAUCACCUAAUAGAACUCCAUUUGCAGCUGUAAAUUAGUCUGAAUUCCUGGUAUGUCUUGUUGGCAAGGAAAAUGAGUUUUCCAGUCCAACUGCUCAUACACUUAUGAGAAUUCUGAAUUGUAGUAACAAGUCUGUUAAAUGACUUAUUCUAAUGUAAUUUACCACUAGUAGGAUCAGCAUCGUAAGAACCCAAGUAGUAUCAGUUUCUGUUGAUUAGAUUGUAAUUUGACAUCCUUUUUUUAUAUUCAAGUGCAACCCAUAGGAGGAGGAAUAGUCAAAGGUUGACCUUGGUCAAACUUUGAGAAUUUAAGUUGGUGGUUGCAAAGUCCAUUUUCUAUGUUUGUCUGUAUAAACAUGUAUGAUGUGAACCCAAAAAGGCCAUUAUUGAACCCACC